UUCCUUGUGGAUGGCCAUCCACUUCUCAGGUUGGCUCUUUGGCCUGCUCUGCUGGUGCCUUCAUAACACCUGGUACUGCCUGACCACAGCUGUCUCCCUGCAGGACAUCUAUGUUUUCACCAGGAGCUUUUCCACUGGGAAGAAGUUGCUCCUCUCUGUCUUGGGCAUGCUGUUUCUUGUGGCUUUGCUGGAUUAUGGCCUCAGAGCCUCAGGCUGCAGGCUAUGGGUGGUUGUCCUGCCCACUUUGAGCAUGACCAGCACUUUGAGCAAGGAGGUGUUUUAUCUGUGCCCUCCAUGGUCACUGACAAGGUACUGGAGGGUGGGUGAUUGGUAGAGGAGCUGAGCUGGAAGCAAUCGGUUAUGAGGGCAGGACAUACCCAAUGCCAGGUCUGGAGGGCUUCGUCCCUUUUCUUUGGUGAGAACACACAGGGUGGUCCUCCCUGGAUGAUCCCAGAAGGGCUGGACUCUUGGUCAGGAGCCACAACAUUACUCAGCCCAUACUGUGAGAUAAAGUCCACCUCAGAAAUGAUGACACCACAAGCCAAAGGUCACCAAGGUCUGUCUGCAGGCAACCUCUCUGUAGAGCAUCCUGGACAUCAUUCAGAAGGGACGGAGCUCUGUGUUGACCAGGCUUGGGACCAGGAGGCAUGACUUCUGGCUUCAGUCUUCAUGUCCUCUCCCCAGCUUAUUCUUAUCCCUCAUUUUUGCCAUCAUCCAAAUGUGUCUAAUGACUUCGGAGAGGAUCAUGAGAGAGUGACCUCUUGGGGUAGAAGGGGCUCUAGCUGUAGCCUUCCAGAUCAUGAUGCCCCUCAUGCAUCUGCCUCCGUUGGGCUGGGGUCUAUGCCCCCAUUGAUGUGACACUGCCAGUGUCAGUCCGCAUGGAGUUCCGUUCUGGCUCUUGAGACUCAGUCUCAGAUUAGCCUUUCCUCCCAUGUGCUAGGUGCUUGGUAUUUCUACCCCUC